ACCUCGCCACUGAGUCCCCCCCUCCAUGUCUUUGCACGCUGCUUACUCCGAGCCCUCCGAUGAGGAGAGGCUCAACAGUCCUUCUGAGAGGCAUGCGAGCGUUGAUCGCGCCUCACGACGACGGAGCACGCGCGCCUGCGAUCAGUGUCGCCGAACCAAAAGCAAGUGCGAACGUGACAAGUCUGCUUCAACCAAGCAAGCUUGCCGAGGGUGUGUGGCUCUGGGUCUCUCCUGCACAUAUGCCGGCCCGAGCCACAAGAGAGGUCCUCCAAAAGGAUACAUACUCGCGAUUGAGCGUCGCCUGCAUCAAGUCGAAGCGCUCUUAGGCACUAUCAUCGGCUCGGAUGAUCCACGUGCUCGCGGUCUUCUCCAGGAUCUAUCUCAGGAUCAGCUGGCUAGUCAGAUCAUCCAGAGAGUCGACGUUGGGCCGUUUGGGCCGAAAGGCCGCGUCGCACACCCUUUCGGCUCAACGAAGGAAGACUUUCUGGCAUCGAUAAUGACAGGCAUUGGUGAGGACAUCUCGGAUUCCUCGAAGAGCAAUCAGGUAUCCCCUCCGCGAUCCGACAAUCUGGCUUUAGUGAGUCCGAGCAGCAGUUGGCAAGAUAAUCUGCAGCGUCUGCUUCUACCUCGAGCUCCUGGAUCGAACUUUCCGCAGAACGCCACCGACACGGGUAAUGCUGGAAUCUCGUCGCCGGAUCCCAGAACCAGACGGGCUUCGUUCCCGCUGAUGUCGAACCAUAUUGCGUUCCCUUCCAAAGCCCAUCCUAUCUCUCCGAUGGUUUCCUUGUCCUCCCUAGCUUCUUUUCCGUCUUCCUCUGGCGUUGAUCGGAUGGGAUGGGAUAGCCUUGAGGGUCUGGAGAAGAUCGACAGUGAAUCUGGCGAUUCCGAUGAUCUAGACAUCAAGAUGCCCCCUCAGAUCGAGGAUGUGUAUGUCGAUCAGGAUACGCAGAUGCGCAUUGCCAACCGCAUCAGCGGGUUGCAGAUCCUGUCCCAAUGCCAGAGGAUCCUGACAGGCCGACGCGAGCAGCAAUUGGAGUGCCCUUGGCCAUUGGCAGAGAGGAGAAUCGAUCAGAUUCCUGACCUUUCCUCCAUGCUACCCAACCUACCUGCGGAGCCAGAACAACACAGCCUCAUACAGUCAUUCUUUUCAUAUGUCCACCCCAUGUUCCCUGUCAUCAAUAGGGCUUGCUUCACAGCAUUGUAUAAUCAGAAGCUGAAUAGCGGUGUUCAAGGCUCUUCUGCUCUAUCGGAGAUUGUAAGAAUAUCAUUCGACGCUCUUUUGCUUGCAGUUUUUUCGGUCGCCUCUCGUCAUAUCGAGUCCCAGUCUGGAGAACAAGACAGCAGCGAUUAUGCCGUUGAAUCACUGAAACUCAUUGCCUCGACGGCUGGUCAGUCGCACCCGCUACUUUGUCAAGCAUUGUUGCUUCUCGGCUACCGCAGCGUCGGCAUGGGAUUCGUUGAGGCAGCUUGGAUGUACAUUGGCAUGGCCAUCCGGAUGGCCGAGUCCCUGGGCAUCCAUCGAGCUGUGUACAAUCUCACAGCGCCGGCGUCAGGUUUAGUCACGAAAGAUGAACAGCAGAUGCGCCAGCAAAUCUGGGCAUGCUGUCUGAUCGCCGACAGAUAUGUUUCUGUGCUUCUUGGUCGGCCGUCGGCGGUCCGCGCUACCGACUUCGAUACCCCUCCAGUGGACACCAGCCAGCUUCGGGAUGAGGAUACCGUCUUCUACGCUCUCCCGCAUGAAUUCGCUCUCCGCACUGAACAGGUGAGCGAGACGACCGUUCUCCUCUGCUUGAAUGGUUCUCGCGCAUUGUCUUCCAUCAUCGCCUCGAUCAUGGACGAGCUGUAUGCCAUCGCCCAGCCGGUGGAAUCUGUCCUCGAGAUACGCGCCAAACACUUGGAGUACCGGCUCUCGCAAUGGCGGCAAUCGCUACCGCCGUCGUUGCAAUUCGAUCAAUCCAGAAUUUCCGUCUUACCGCCCCCGUGCGUUCUGGAACUUCAUAUUCAAUACUGGUGGGCGGUUAUCCUCUUGUACCGAGCGUUCGUCCAUGGCCCCCUGUCAAGGGGCUUCUAUUCGGGCCCUGAAGGGAUGCAAUCGAAGGCCCUAGGCCUUUGUCGAGACGCUGCUGGCCAGAUCUCGUCGAUAUUGACGGUCAUGCAGAACCAGCCGAUGAAGUUCAUGUCAGCAUUCCUUCCUGGAUAUCUAUUUGCCACUGGAAUCAUUGAUGUGCUUACAUUGAGCAUUCUACGUCAUGACGACAUCUCGAGUGCUAGACUUCGGUCUACGAUGGCUUCGCUUCGACGCAUUGAGAUGACCUGGUCAAUGGCUCGCGUCGUGCAGAAUCUGCUGGAUCGGACCAUAUCUCCUUCUACUACGACUCCUGUUGCUGCACCAUCAUCGCCGACGCGCUCUAAGCGUCCAGCGCGAGACGUGUUCUCCGACGAUGAGCACGCAGAGCGUAGCCCCAAGAAGAUGCCUACGCCAUCGAACUCUACGCACUUCGUGAAGGAUACUGGGCAUGCCUACGACAAUCUUGGCCGCAUGCUAGGCCUCGACACGGGUCUCGGUUUCAUCACGUCGCAGCCAUAUCCAGGAUUCCAGUAUCGAAGCCCUUCUCUCGAAAGUCCGACCGCUGUCCACUCGUUCCAGAGCGUGGGAUAUGGCGCCGAAACCUUCCCCACUGUGACAUCUUCCUCUCCUUCGUUCGGUAUCUGGUGAAUAAUCACUCUCCUUCGAACAUUUGACUUUCCCAUGGACCGCUCUGUGCCAGAUAUUAUUGUGAAAGUUGUAUGCCGAUCGACCCAUUCUGUAUCAGUUGGAUAGGUACUCGCACCACACUGUAUCAUCUAGAGUAGAUUCCCGCUUUACCUCGCUAUUUACUGGGAAUAGGAAAAGAGUACGUACAGUACUGCGGAAACGGAGUGUUAUUUAUGUAUUUAUGUAUUUAUUCAGUCGAAUAUACAUGUCGGACGCUGUUACCCCCUUGUUGUUUAUUUGGCAAAAGCUGUGGAA